AUGCAGUCCUACCGGCAGAUGAAGCGCAUCCAGCGCAUGUCUCAGGCUCAUACAGAGAAAAGUGAUGCUGAAAAGAACCAAGAAGAGGUAAGGUUACAACCCUGUUUCCGUCCCAAUGCGGUAGUAACCAAAGUGAUUUUCCAGGCUGGCCCGAGCGGGAAAGGUGCGCCGCAGGAGCGCACGGUGGUGACAUUCGAUGGCGAGGACGACCUGGCGAACCCGCGGAAUUGGCCUCCCUCGAAGAAGGCCGGCGUGAUGAUGAUUAUAUCUCUGGUCGCAUUUAUUGUGGGCUUUGGAUCGUCCAUCGACUCGGCAGUCCUUCCACAAGCUUCGAGGCAUUUUGGCGUCAGCGAAGUGACCGAGUCUUUGGCCACGACGCUCUACCUGGUCGGUUUCGGAUGUGGCGCCCCCUUCGCUGGCCCCCUGUCUGAGGAACGUGGACGCAAUCCCGUGUAUCUCGUAACCUUUACGCUGUACUGCUGCUGGAUCCUGGGCGCUGCACUUGCUCCCAGCAUUGGAGCACAGUUGGUCUUCCGUUUCCUUGCCGGUACCUGUGGCUCGACUCCGUUCACAGCUGCAGGUGGUACCCUGGGGGAUAUCUUCGAUCAUGGCAUUCGGGGCAAGAUCUUCCCAUUCUUUGCAUGCAUCGCCUUCCUGGGUCCGAUGUUGGGCCCCGUGGUUGGCGGGUACGUUGGACAAGCUGGGAUGGAUUGGAGAUGGGUUGAAUGGAUCACGUUUUUCAUCUCUUGUGGCAUCCUGGCCAUCAUGGUUGCGUUCUUACCCGAGACCGACGCAAUGGAGAUUCUUCGUUGGAAGGCACAAGCAAUAAUUCGAGCACACAGCAACGGCAGCAACAGCGACGUUCAGGCACCCACAAAACUCCCCAUGCGGCGCAGGCUGGCAUCCGCGUUACUGCGCCCGGGCAUCAUACUCUUCACAGAUCCCGUCAUCGCCAUAUUCACGGGGUACCUGACCCUGGUAUACAGCGUUGCGUUCUGCUUCUUUUCGAGCGCCCAGUACAUCUUUGGACAGACGUACGGAUUUGACCAGGGCAGCACUCACCUCAUGUUCCUGAGCAUCUCCGUCGGCCUGGUCAUCUGCGCGCUUGUUACCCCGUUAUUUGGCACCUUGGUCGGCAGAGAGCACGCGCGUGCCGUGGCACGAGGAAAAAGCCAUGCCGGCCCGGAAGCGAUGUUGUGGUGGGCCAUGAUCGGAGGACCGCUUCUGCCCAUCUCAGUCUUUUGGAUGGCUUGGUCAUCUCGCCGCUCCGUCUCGUAUUGGUCUCCCAUGAUUAGUGCUGCUUUCUUCGGCUUCAGCAUGCUGUGCCUCUUCAUCUCCACCUACGCGUACAUCAUGCAGCGGUUUACGAAAGUUGCAGCGUCAGCACUUGUCUCGAACACCUUUGUCCGAUAUGCGGUUGCCGGAAGCAUGGUCGUCGUGUCGAUUCCCAUGUUUGAAGAUCUGGACGUGCACCAUGCACUGACGAUCUUCGCGGCGAUAUCCUGCUUUUUUACGCCGGUGCCUUUUUUUCUGUAUUUUCAUGCUCGCCGGGCAGAAGGUAGAGGGAAAGUCAGCGCCACGGAAGCCAGUCAUUAA